AUGCAGCUUGCGCGAACCCAGCUUGGACAAUGGCUUUUUGUAUUUAUUCUAUUUAGCAUUGGAUUUGUGCACGCUAAUACAGAAUCGAUCCUGUUUCAAGUCCCGCACAAUUUCCCACUCUCAGACGUAAGAGACAGGUUUGUUUCCCGCAGCGAUGUCGACACCGUUCCUUUUAUAUCUCUAUUAGGCGAAACGAUGGCCCAGGUCACCGUCAAGGUUAAUACCACCAAUGCGCAGCUAGGUAGCGCUACGUAUAUCGAAUUGAAGGACCUGCAACGAGACGAAACAUACCAGAUAAAAGUAUGUUGGUCGGCUAUACAUCCAGUAUCCAUCGAUGACCUACAGACUAUCAUAAUACCGCGUUCCACUGAAUUCCAAGGAACCACAUCGGACCACGCGAGAAUAGUAGUGGCAUUUCAGAUGAUGUCCGACUCAUACCCCAGCGAGAACGCCAUGGUCCCAAUUCAAGUCUCGUUGAUUACUACCAAGUUGGGCAUCCCGGUGGAUAUCUAUCCUAUCCUGGUCGUUAUAGUAUUAUUAAUAGCAGGUCUUGUUGUUACCCGGGCACCACACGUGCUGAACGAUCUUUUGUUGAAGUUUUAG